UGGAGACACUCGCACGAUUCGAGAAGGACGUGAAGCGGACCGACACCGGGUUCCUGGCGAUAGCAACAGAGGUGGAGAAUGACGGAGAGAAAGCCUCGAAAACUCCAGAAAAAAUCAAGGAAUUAUUAAAGGAGUUCCAAGACAUUCUUCCUGACGAUCUUCCGAACGAGCUACCGCCAUACCGAACACAUCAACACGAGAUUGUGGAGGAACCGGGUUCGAAGCCGACCUUCCGAGCACCAUACCGGCUCAGCCCUACGGAGCUGACCGACAUGAAGAAGCAGAUCGAGUAUCUCCUAGCCAAAGGACUCAUCCGACCAUCUACUUCGCCAUACGGUGCCCCAGUACUCUUCACACCGAAACCGGACGGAAGCCUGCGCAUGUGCAUCGACUACCGAGCUCUUAACAAGCAGACCAUCAAGAAUAAAUAUCCGAUACCACGAAUCGAUGACCUGCUUGACCAGCUUCGGGGAGCUACGGUAUUUUCCAAACUGGAUCUGCGGUCCGGAUACUGGCAGAUACGGAUGGCGGACAACUCUAUCCACAAAACUGCUUUCCGAACUCGGUACGGAUCGUACGAGUAUUUGGUCAUGCCGUUCGGACUCACCAACGCGCCGGCAACGUUCCAAGCCGAAAUGAACCACAUUCUACGACCACUUCUGGACGAAUGCGUGGUGGUGUACCUGGACGACAUACUCAUCUACUCGCGCGACAUGAAGCAGCACGUCGAACACCUGCGACGCGUCUUCGAAAUUCUUCGACGAGAACGAUUCUACGUCAAACUGUCCAAGAGCGAAUUCGCCCUGGAAAAGGUCCAAUUUCUAGGACACAUGGUGAGCGCUCAAGGAGUUCACGUCGACCCCAAGAAAAUCGAAGCCGUACGUACGUGGAAGACACCCGAGAACGUGAAGGAGUUGCAGCAGUUCCUAGGCUUCGCUAAUUACUACAACAGGUUCGUGCCACAAUAUGCGAAAAUCGCAGCACCACUCACGAAUCUGCUGAAGAAGAACACGCCCUACAAAUGGGAACCAAAGCACCAGGAAGCCGUGGAGCAGCUGAAACAAGCACUAACAUCCGCACCGGUGCUCAUCUUGCCAGAUCCCGAACGUGACUACGUCAUUGAAGCAGACGCCAGUGAUCAGGCCGUGGGAGCAGUCUUGAUGCAAGACCAAGGGAAUGGACUGCAACCCAUUGCCUACCUCAGCAAGAAACUGCACGGAGCAGAACUCAACUACCCGAUACACGACAAAGAGGCCCUUGCUAUCAUCAUCGCCUUCAAAGCAUGGAGAUGCUAUCUCGAAGGACGAAGAACAACCGUCUACACCGACCACUGCAGCCUGAAAUAUUUGAAGACACAACCCAACCUUUCCAGGCGGCAGGUCCGGUGGAUCGACUUCCUCGAGACACACUUCCACUACGACAUCGUGUACAAGCCUGGCCACAAGAACAAAGCAGACGCGCUCAGCCGGCCUGCACACGUUGCCGCGAUUCAGGUCGAAGGGAUGAAUCCACUACUCAAGGGACUCUUCACACACGGGUACGCCAUCGACCCCGAAAUACCCUUGGCAGAAAAACGACAUCUACUACAGUGGGACAACGACAUUGCGUACCGGAAAGGCUCAACGAAAAUCUGGGUACCCAAUUACCCUCCUUUGCGCCAGUUACUACUCGAAGAAUACCACGACGUCCUGUACGCUGGACACUUCGGUAGCAACAAGACGCUCACCGGUAUCGCCAAACACUACUACUGGCCCCAUAUGGCAGACGACGUCCAGAAAUUCGUCACCUCGUGUGAUACAUGUCAGCGGAUGAAGAGCAGCAAGCAGAAAAAGGCGGGACUACUGCAGCCUCUUCCUGUCCCAGAACAACCAUGGCAAGUGGUUAGCCUAGACUUCAUUACCGGGUUACCACCUACCUCCAGCGGUCAUGACGCCAUCCUUGUCGUCAUUGACAAGUUCUCCAAAAUGGGACACUUCAUCCCGACACACACGACGGCACGCACCGAGGAGACAGCACAGCUCUUCGUUCGUCACAUCAUCUCACAGCAUGGCAUCCCAACUACACUCAUCUCCGACCGAGACCCCAAGUUCACUAGCAAGUUCUGGAAGGAACUUAUGUCUCUGCUCGGCACCAAACUCGCCAUGUCAUCCGCAUACCAUCCGCAGACAGACGGACAGACCGAGCGCCUCAACCAAAUUGUUGAGCAACUCCUCCGAGCAGCCUGCAAGGACGACAUCUCCAAAUGGGACUUGCACCUACCCGUCCUGGAGUUUGCCUACAACAACGCUACACACGCCGCUACGGGACAGACGCCGUUCUUCCUCUGCUACGGACGCCACCCACUCACACCACAGAAACCGACAACACCAGCAACAGUCCAACCUGCACACGACUUCAUCACAACCAUGCAUCAGCUUUGGGAUCGGACCCAUAAGCGCCUCCUUGACAUUCAACAGCAACAGAAGCUCCAGGCCGAUCGCCAUCGCAACGACCACACCAUUUCCGUGGGAGACCAGGUUCUCCUUGACACCCGCAACCUGGACAUCAGCCAUCUCCCAUCUAAACUUCGACCUCGCUUCUGCGGGCCUUUUCUCGUUGAAGCACAGGUCACUCCUGUUACCUUCCGCUUACGCCUACCAGCUACCUGGAAGAUUCACAACGCCUUCCAUGUCCAACUUCUGAAGCCCUAUCGAGAUCCUAAUACGAUCUUCGUCGGACGCCAACCGCCGCCGCCGCCACCCGUCCUCGUCCAAAAUGAACCCGAGUACGAGGUCGAGUCCGUGCUUGCACACCGCCGUCGUCGGAAUGGCACCGUGGAGCUUCUUAUUCGUUGGAAGGGCUAUGAUCCUUCUGAGGACAGCUGGGUCUCUGAGACCGACAUGGGUAACGCCCGUCGUCCUCUGCAUGACUACCUUGUCAAGCAGGGUCGGAGCAGCACCAACCACGAGAGCAGCACCAACCACGUGAGCAUCACCAACUGUGUGAGCAGCACCAACCGCGUGAGCAGCACCAACCGUGUGAGCAGCACCAAACGCGUGAGCAGCACCAACCGCGUGAGCAGCACCAACUGCGUGAGCAGCACCAACCGCGUGAGCAGCACCAACCAUGUGAGCAGUGACGACAGCAGCAGCAGCGAUUAUGGCACGAUGGGAUUCAGCCACGCUGCAGCUGUCUUCCACACGACGGCCACCUCAGACAAGCCCCCUGGCUCCCUCUGACCUGCAUGCCUGCUUGCUCUUGUCGGUGCUCCCAGUUCAACCCGCAUCUCCCCUCUUCCUUGGCACUGCUGCCUUCCUGCCACCACCUUGACCGCCCGCAAGGCCACCAUCUCUAUUGCAGCAAACUUGAUCUGAGCAAGCAGAAGCGAUGGGUCCUCCCUGUCAAACAUAUUUGUAUCAGGGUUUCAGCUAGGAUUUAGGGCUGUCUGAAAAUCAGACGGGGUUCCAAAGUUUCGUCUGACCAUCCGACGAAAAAUUUCAAGGAGUCUGAGAUUUCAUACGAUUUUGUAA